AUGUCCGAACCACCAACGGGUGUCCCUAAGCUUGAAACUACAGAAGACACGCCGUACGGAGAUGUGGAUGAAGACAAGACUCAGCCCGCAGAAGACAUUCUGAGCGUGCUCAGACAACUCAACCCUCAAUCGUUGGGAGUGCUGAGCACCAGCAGCAACCCGAACAUUGGCAAACAGGGAGAAUCAAGUUUGCCGCCACUAUCAGAGUGGGACCAGCUGCGUGCUCAACUGCGCGAAAAGCCCUUUGAUGCCGACUCCUGGCUGAAGCUCGUCGACAUCGCAGAAGACUCGGCUGAUAUCGAGAAAAUUAAAGAGACUUAUGAAGGACUGCUCGAAGCGUACCCAAAUACUUCAUCAGCGCAGAUUGCCUACCUCAACCAUUUCUUAGGUGACCCGGAAACUUUCGGCUUCGCGGAGACGCUAUUCAAGAGAUUCUUGCGGCCAUCAUCGUCCGCAGACUUGUGGAAGUUUUACCUCACCUAUGUCAGGAGGGUGAACACCGGCCUCAGUGCACGCGAGAUCAUUAAGAAAUCGUAUGAAUAUGCACUCAACCAUGUUGGACAGGACAAGGACAGUGGUGAGAUAUGGACGGACUAUAUACAGUUCCUCAGAUCCGGCGAAACCACGACAACCUGGGAGGAACAGCAAAAAAUGGACACGGUCCGUAAAGCGUACCAUCGUGCGGUUCAGAUUCCGAUGGAGAACGUUAAGAGAUUGUGGGAGGAGUACCAGGAUUUCGAGAACGGACUGAAUAAGAUCACUGCCAAAAAAUUCCUUACAGACCUUCAAGCAGGACACAUGCAAGCACGAACCGUCUUGAACCAGCUCCAAGAGCAUCUCACUGUUUUGUUCCCUCCACCCCCGCCUUCCAGAACAUCUCGGCCUCCAAUAUGGCUCCCCCGACAACCAACUUUUAACGCAGGCGAUCGCGCGUUAAUCCUCAGAUGGAAGGCAUAUUUGAAAUGGGAAGAAAGUAACCCUCUCGAGAUCGAGGAAAAGGACAAAACCAUCCUUACUGGACGCCUGCAGGGGGUGUAUCGCAAAGCAGUUGUUCGAAUGCGGUUCUUCUCGGAAAUCUGGUACAUGGCGUAUGCGUGGACGAAUAGUAUCGGAAAGGGCGAAGAGGCGCUCACUAUUCUCAAAGCCGGAAUUGAAGCUAAUCAAACAAGUUUCGUUCUCAACUUUGCAUACGCCGAGGCACAGGAACAAAAUCAAAGCUACGCAGAGGUGCAUGUAACGUACGAAAAGUUCUUGCAAGUGCUCUUGCGUGACUUGGAAGCAGUUGAGAGUCGAUUACAAUCCGCUAACUCGUCCUUCUCCUCAACGACAUCUGCCGCGCCGCCGCCCAAUCUCUCUGAACCUGCGCCCACCUUGGGCCUUCCUCUCCCUGGCAUUCAGUCACAAAAUUCGUCUUUCAAUACGCAGGUGUCGGACGAGAAGCCGUCGAAGAACAAGGAGCUUAUGGAACGCCGCACUGAUUACGGUAUCGCAUGGAUAGUGUAUAUGCGGUUUGCUCGCCGCGCAGAAGGAUUGAAAUCCUCGCGGGCAGUCUUUGGUAGAGCAAGGCGGGAGCGGCUGAUAUCUUGGGAAGUAUUUGAGGCUGCCGCCCUGAUGGAAUACCAUUGCACGAAGGCGCUGGAUGUUGCCAGCAGGAUCUUUGAGAAGGGAAUGGAGACGUUUCACGAUGAGGUGGAGUUUGUGCUUCGUUACCUUGGCUUCCUUAUAUCUGUCAAUGACGAGAACAAUGCUCGUGCGCUGUUCGAGCGAGUCAUCGGCACCUUUAAGCCUGAGCAGGCACGUCCACUAUGGGAACGUUGGGCACGGUACGAAUACCAGUUUGGCGAUCUAGCUGCAGCGCAGAAGCUGGAGAAGCGGAUGGCGGAGCGCUUUGCUGAGCGCCAUAAGUACUUGGGCACAGAUGUUAUCGCAGCGCGUGACCUCGGAUAUCCUACCGCCCGUCAAAACAGUCUCGUGGGCCGUUCAAAUGGCUCGUUCGGAAAAACCGAGACCCAGCAGUCCGUUGUGUCGAAUCCGCCUUCAGGAACACAACAGAUCGCACCGAGCUCGUCCACGAAGAGGGCGCAGUCUCCUGAACACAGAAGGCGCGAUGAGGGCCGUGGAGACUAUGGUCCUCCACCCAAGCGGCAGCGGCCGGGGUCACCUCCGGGACGUGAUCGUGAUCGCGAUCGCUGGGAAGGUGGUCCGCCGCGCAGACGACAUGGCACGCCACCGUGGGAGCGCGAAAGAGACAGGGAUGGCCCUCCGCCGCGAAGAUUCAAGGAGGAACGAGACGAGGAGAAGCCUGUGGUGCUCCCGCCUGUGCUGUCGUGGUUCGUGGGUAUGUUGCCUGCCCCCACCGCGUUCGAUGGUCCAGUGUUUAGGACGGAUGAUUUGAUGCAGGUAUUCAGGAAUGCUGUGAUCCCAUCGAGCUCAAGCAUAUCGAGGGCACGCUCGCCACCCCCUCCGCCGCGUGGAGGAGGACGGCCUCCUCCGGAUUAUGGUCCGUACCAAGGCCCCGGUGGACGUCGAGGACGAUAUUAG